AUGUCGAGAAUGACCGACGAAUUCUUCCAUCGUCAAUUGGGAAAUAUCAAUAGUUUCGUCCGGGUAUUGCAUAGUGAGCGAAUGAGUUCUGACGUAUUCAGCUCUGGCGCUUCCAUGGGUACGAUGCCAAAACAAACCGUUACUCAAGCGGAUUAUUAUUGGGCACAGUCUAAUUCCGCGGCCACCGCGGCCACCACCCUCAGCGCUACCAAUAGAUGGCAGAUCAUGCCGCUUGUAAGGAGGGCAGCGCAAGGCAUGUUAGCUGCUAUGAAAAAUAUCUGGGCAGCAGCUGCAAGCUUGGUAGCGAUGUUUAGAGUGGCCGCGGCCACCACCCUCAGCGCUACCAAUAGAUGGCAGAUCAUGCCGCUUGUAAGGAGGGCAGCGCAAGGCAUGUUAGCUGCUAUGAUAAAUAUCUGGGCAGCAGCUGCAAGCUUGGUAACGAUGUUUAGAGUGGCCGCGGCCGCCACCCUCAGCGCUACCAAUAGAUGGCAGAUCAUGCCGCUUGUAAGGAGGGCAGCGCAAGGCAUGUUAGCUGCUGUGAGAAAUAUCUGGGCAGCAGCUGCAAACUUGGUAGCGAUGUUUAGAAGGGAUUGGAUGGAUACAUGA